CACCAGCUCAGAGAAGUAGUCCAGCCUCUCCAGAAACACCCAGCCUGACUCCUGCAGCUGCAGCACACAUGAGCUCAACCUGUUAGAUUCAAUCAGCGAGGUGACGCUCAGUAAUUGCCUCUUAUUUCUGUGUCUCACGCUGAACUGAGCUCAUUCAGAUAACAGGCAGCUUGUUACACCUGAGACUCAGAGACAACCACAGCAGAGAUGAGGAUGGGGAUGCAGCAACACUCACACAGCUUUCUGGUCGUUCUCCUCCUGGUCUUCAUCGCUGGAAUAGUGCUCUCUGGCCCCUCAACUCCCCGCAGAAGCAGAGUGAGACGUCAGAACAUGAAAGUGCGUAUCAACGCUACAGGAGACACCAUCGUGAUGAAGUUUUUGCGUCCCAACGCUGACACCAAGCUUGAGGGCUACAUCCUGGGCUACGGCAGCAGCAUGUUCUCCAAACAGUUCAUUCAGCUGCCUGAGAACGGACAGCCGUACGAGACUGAGUUUGAUGCUGAGCCCAAGUACCUUAUCGCCGUCCAGCCCAUCCCAAGCAAUGAGUUGAAAAAGCACUGUGCAGGUAGAGUUGAACUGCAGAAGCCGCUACACCUGGUCAUUGGGUCCGUUACGCCCAGCUCAGUUCUCCUGUCUUGGGGGACCCUGCUGAAAACUCCCUAUGAAGGCAACGUCAUGAAUGACUGUCUUGAGGAUGGACACUACACCGUGCGUUAUCGCGAGAGGAACAGGAAGUGGAACUACCAGACCUGCCCAACUAGCGACACGGUCAUUGACCACCUGAGGCCCAACACAGUCUAUGAGUUUGGUGUCCAGCCCAACUCUAAGGAUGGCACUGGACUGUGGAGCAAGCCGGUCAUUCACAACAUCAGCUCAGGGGGCAUAGAGGAGAAGGCGAUCAAGAAAAUCUUUAAACGUCCCGUCAACCCUGUGAAACCUUUAACGACAGGUCCACAUCCCUUCCCUUUUUCUCCACGCCAUGUUCUCCAUAACAGGACCCAGGGCAGACUGCCCGUCUCCCGGAAAAUAGCCCCAAAGACAACUCUUGCUCCCACCACAACUACUAAAAAGGAAUCUCUGUCGACCCCUGGACCCACACUGCCUGUGCUCACCAAACAGCCAAUCGGUACAGGCGUCCUCAGGCCAUCCAUUGUUGAGGUUCCUCGUUCUCCCAUUAGCUCAUCAGGUCCUCCAGCAGGAAGAAACACCACGCUGUCCCGCACCCGGGUUCCUCCUCAUUCCACCCGUAAUAGUGGCAGAACAUUUUCUCCAUCCAAGACAUUGACCUCCUCUCACAGCUCCAGCACACCUGGGGCAGCCGGUGGGGUUCAUCAUAGGGGCAAUGCUCUUCCUAAACCCAUGCCGUGGUCCAGAGAAAAACCUGUCCCUGCAGUCCUGCGUCCCCUUAUUCCUGGCAACAAGAGGACCAACCUGGUGGGGAAACCUAGUGACAAUGAUAAACCCAUGGAUCUGAAACAAGGAGACAAGGAGUCCAUCUUGAAGCCAUUUCCUCUGGUCACAGUCAAGCCCAAGCUAGAGCGCAGACAACAGCAGACAACCACCUCUGCCCCGACAGUAAACACCAGCCGUUUUGACAUAAAUGAAAACUCUUCCAUAUUCAGGCCCUUGCCUGCGUCAGAUGUAGACAUCAUGGGCAAGAAGCGCUUUGUAGCUCCCCAUGUGAUCUACAAGACAGAUAAGAAGCCGGAUGAGCCGUGCUCCAUCACCUCCUCCCUCAGUUUCUUCCCAGAUGAGGAAAGCGCUGAUCAGAACGUGACUAGUCCUCCACGCAUCCCUCCCUCCAACCUCACGGUGGUGACUGUGGAGGGCUGCCCGUCUUUCAUCAUUCUUGACUGGCAAAAAUCUGACAAUGAAACGAGAGAGUAUGAAGUUGUAUCCACCACUAAAGGACCAAAUGGAGAGAAGGUGUCUGUACUGACGACCAACCAGACACACACAGCCGUGGAGAAUCUCAACCCAGAGAGCAGUUAUGAAUUCACAGUAACACCAAAGAAUGAGCUGGGAACAGGACCCUCCAGUGAUCCUGUGUCUUUUAGCACAGAAUCAGCGGAUCCACGAGUGAGCGAACAUGUUUCAGGCAAAGAUGCCAUCUGGACUCAGUUCCCAUUUAAAUCCGACGACUACUCCGAAUGCAAUGGAAAGCAGUAUGUGAAGAGAACUUGGUACCGAAAGUUUGUGGGCAUCCAGCUCUGCAACUCCCUGAGAUACAAGAUCUACCUGAGUGACUCUCUCAAAGGGAAGUUCUACAACAUCGGAGAUCAGACGGGGUAUGGUGAGGACCAUUGUCAAUUUGUGGACUCCUUUCUGGAUGGACGCACCGGCACCCAGAUGUUUGCUGACCAGCUACAAAGCAGGCCAGGGUUUUACAGAGCGAUGAGACAGGAACCUGUCCACUUCGGAGAGAUUGGAGGGAAGUCACAUGUUACUUACGUAGGCUGGUACGAGUGUGGCACACCCAUACCUGGGAAGUGGUAAGACCCUACAGGGCCGUCCAGGAAGGAUGACUUCCUUGGUGGGGAGGAAGAAGAAGACGUCUGACUAGGCCUGAAGGGAGGUGGCCUUUCUUUGACACUGUAGAUGGGUUUGUCUGUUUGAACUCAGUCUAUUCUCCAAGGUAUGAACCUGUACAGGACUAUUGGGUGUCACAAAACUCUAUUGAGUGCAUUUGUAACAUUGGUCUUAAUUUCUCUAUUUAUCUAAAAAUGCAUUCAACAAAGGAAUGCGAGGGUUCGAGUGAACCGAAGCGUUGAAUAUACAGUAAUUACAGAGAAAAUGUUGGGAAGCUGGCUCCCAAAGUGUUAUAACUUGUAUGAUAUUAUUUAUCAAAGGGGAUCGUUAUUGAAUAUUCUGUGUGUGCUCGGGCUUUUGAGAUGAGAAAAAAAUAAUAAUAGUUCCCAAUACUUGCAUGUCACUGAGCACACACAUUGUGUCAUUUGUAUACAGAAAGGUAGCAAUCAUGCUUUCAUUGUACAUUUGGAUUAUGUAAAAUACAAGUACACACAGACAUGCAGAAUUGACCUUCUGCUGGCCCUAAGGGAUUAUUAGCAGUUGCAGUUUGCACAGUAUUUAACCUUUCGUUCAUAUAUGUAUAUGGUGUGAAAUACAGUAUGUAUACCAGGGGUGAUAUAGUUUGAUACAUUUCAGGUAAAGACAGCUCUUAGCAAAAUUGUUGAUUUAUUGUAAGAAAGCCGAAGCUUGAGCCCGAUGUUUCUACGGGGUCACUUGGAAAGAUUUAUGUAUUUUUAAUGCUAAUGCAGUCUUGUCCUAUAUUUUAUAAAAUAAUAACAUAUAUAAAAACAUUAUAAAUAACUAAACUGAGCUUUAUUGUGGAAGUUACAUAAUUAAAUGACAUAAUUUAUGUUAAUGUGUACAUGAAGCUAUAAAUUGUCAGUUUGUUUCCACAUCUGUCAUGACGGCAGUUUGAUUUGAUGCACCAUGUAUGUAUGUAUGUUUGUUUUCAGCAAUAAAUCUUGUUUUUAUAUUUACUGA